UAUGAAGGUGUGGUGCCCUGUAGCCACGCCCCUCGCGCAGUGUCGGGCGCAGACCUCUCUCGCGGAGGCGCCAUUUUGCGCUGCUGUAGGUGCAGGCUUGUCUGCAGGAGGAGAGCUAGUUUCCUCGAGGUAGUUCCGAGAGAAGUUCGGGGCUAAGUGCUCCUUGCCUAGAGUCUCGUUCGUUUUAUCCCCCUGCCGCGUUAGAAACGCGUGAACAUGAGCGACGUGGAAGAGAAUAACUUUGAGGGAAGGGAAUCACGCUCCCAGUCAAAAUCUCCAGCAGGGAGCCCUGCUCGUGUAAAAUCUGAGAGCAGGUCAGGAUCCCGUAGCCCAUCAAGAGCUUCUAAGCAUUCUGAAUCACGCUCUCGAUCAAGAUCAAAAUCCAGGUCCAGGUCAAGAAGGCAUUCUCACAGGCGUUACACUCGCUCCAGAUCCCAUUCACAUAGGAGACGCUCACGAAGCAGAUCAUAUACUCCAGAAUAUCGGCGUCGAAGGAGUCGUAGUCACUCUCCAAUGUCUAACCGAAGAAGGCACACUGGCAGCAGAGUAUGUACUGCUAAUCCAGAUCCUAAUACAUGUCUUGGAGUCUUUGGCCUCAGUUUGUAUACAACAGAGAGAGAUCUUCGUGAAGUCUUCUCCCGCUAUGGACCUUUGAGUGGUGUCAACGUGGUGUAUGAUCAACGGACUGGGCGAUCAAGAGGAUUUGCUUUUGUUUACUUUGAAAGAAUUGAUGAUUCUAAAGAGGCAAUGGAACAUGCUAAUGGAAUGGAGCUGGAUGGCAGGAGGAUCCGGGUAGAUUACUCUAUCACAAAGAGAGCACACACGCCCACCCCUGGCAUUUACAUGGGCAGGCCAACCCAUAGCGGAGGCGGAGGUGGAGGUGGAGGUGCUGGCCGUCGCCGUGAUUCCUAUUAUGACAGGGGAUAUGAUAGAGGAUAUGAUAGAUACGAAGAAUAUGAUUACCGUUACAGGCGACGAUCACCUUCACCAUACUAUAGUCGUUAUAGAUCGCGGUCAAGAUCUCGUUCCUACAGUCCAAGGCGCUACUGAAGAACAGAAGCUAGUUACAGUUGCAAAUACAGUUUUUAAACAGCAAGAUCUGACUUUACCUUUUCCUAUAGACCCCCUGCAGAUAAUCCUAAACUGUAGUAAAAUAUAUUUGGUUCAUUUAGAAUAUGUUUUCUCAGUUGAAAUACAAAAUUUCCAUCUUUUAUUGUAAUAUUCCAGGUGUAAUUGUUGUAGUUUUGUGUACUUCAAUAUCUUUAAGCAAAAUUUAAAUAGAAAUCCAAAAGCAGUAAACAUUUUGUACCCACCUUUUAUUUUUUAAGCAAGUGGUGGUUUUCGUUGAACCUAAUUUGAGAAAUGAAGAAGGUUUGCAUGUUAAUUUUCAGUAGAAAACUUCUGUUUUAAUAACCUGCUUAUUCUUACGUCUGUUACUUGAGGGAAGAGGAUAUCCAGUAUGUUUGGUUACAGCACAGUUAAUUCAAUAUAAACCCCUAAGCCAGACUGUUCAUUAGUUUUAAUGUCAUAUUUAACAAUACUGGAAAUAAUUCUUUGGAGAAAGACCAGAAUCCUACACUGUAUAAAUUCCAUCUUGAUAUGUGUUGGAUAAUGUAAUCUUAGUGUUAAUGUGGAUGACUUUUCAAAUUUGGUUAAAAUAUUAAAGUGACUUUUGAAGAUUGUUCUUCAUAUGUUUGUUGCCCCAUAAUCAGGACAAGCUUAAAAUACAAAAUACAGAAAAUAUUUUUUUCACAGCAAUUCCACAUGGUGUUGAAAUUGUGGUGAAACAGAUUGUAUUUGGCAGUAUGAAUUGGAAAAACUAUUAUUACUUCUCAAAUAAAUUUAAAUUGUACCAAUAUA